AAACAUUAGAAAUCGUCUGUAUGAGCUCAAAAACAAACAUUCAACUCUAUCACCUAAAGUCAUCAGUUAUAUAAUGAAAUGCUUCAAUUAUCUAAUUGCUCAUGGUAAAGGACAGCCAAAAAAGAUUGAAGAAAACUUAAAUGCUUUAUCCAAACACCCCUUUGGAGAUCAUAGUUUCUGUUCCACAGAUUGGUGUAGAUUUAUUGCAGAUCCAAGCAUCAAGUACAAAUCUUCACCUUUUGGUAAACCUUUACAGGAUAAGGCAUUACAAGAAUCAUUGACAACAUUAUUUCAAAAAUAUAUAUUAAAUUCAGAAAAGUUAGCCAAUUUAGGAAGUACUCAGAGUAAUGAGAGUUUUAAUAAAAGUGUUGCAGCCAAAGCACCGAAGAACAGGUUCUAUGGUGGGUCUAGAAGUCUUGCAUACCGUGUUGCUGCAGCUGUUGCUCAGAAAAAUACAGGGCACAGAUACACAGUAGAUGUUAAUGUGUCAAUCGGAUUGUCACAAGGACUUUACACAAGAAAACUUGCAACCCUAAGAGACAUACAGGCCAGAAAGCGAAAAGCCGUAGCCAUUACAACUGAGGCCAAACUUCGUAGAAUUGCAUUGAAAGCCAGUCGGUAA